GCGCCGGAGCUAGUGAAAGGCCAUAGCGGGGGCGGAAGUGCUCUCGGCUCGAGUGUUCUCGGCGGAGGUGCUCGCAGCGCUAGUCGUGGGUGGGAUGGCUGCAGGCAGGCUCAUACUAAGGCUGCUACGAGCACCCUCCAGUUCCAUGGCUCAGUGCCCGCUCGAGGGCGUACCCCCUUCCAGGGGCCUGCACUCGGGGCGCGGGCCCCGAAGGCUCUCCGUCGAAGGCAACAUUGCUGUGGGAAAGUCCACCUUUGUGAAGUUACUCAUGAAAACUUACCCAGAGUGGCACGUAGCUACUGAACCUGUAGCAACAUGGCAGAAUGUCCAGGCUGCUGACACACGAACAGCCUACCCUACCCAAAAUCUUGGAAAUUUGUUGGAUAUGAUGUACCAGGAGCCAGCACGAUGGUCCUACACAUUCCAGACAUGUUCUUUUAUGAGCCGCCUGAAAAUACAGCUGGAGCCCUUCCCGGAGAAGCUCUUACAGGCCAAGAAAGGGGUGCAGGUCUUUGAGAGGUCUGUGUUCAGUGACAGGUACAUCUUUGCAAAGAAUCUUUUUGAAAAUGGCUCCCUCAGUGACAUGGAGUGGCAUAUCUAUCAGGACUGGCAUUCUUUUCUCCUGCAGGAGUUUGCCAGCCGGGUCCAGUUACAUGGCCUCAUCUACCUUCAGGCUUCUCCCCAGGUUUGUUUGAAGAGACUGCACCAGAGGGCCAGGGAGGAAGAGAAGGGAAUUGAGCUGACUUAUCUGGAGCAGCUUCAUGGUCAACACGAAGCCUGGCUUGUUCACAAGACCACCAAGCUCCACUUUGAGGCUCUGCUGGACUUGCCCGUGCUGGUGUUGGAUGUCAGUGAUGAUUUUUCUGAAGAAGUAACCAAACAAGAGGAACUCAUCAAAAAGGUAAACAUCUUUAUAAAGAGCCUGUAAGCAUCAGGGUGUGUGGCUGUGGUCCGGGCUCCCUGACUUUUUGAAGCUACAAAAACCCUGAGUCGCCCACCUUUCCACCCCCAUUCCCACCUCCUUUUACUCCUAGAGUACUCUGACUGCGUGAUUUCUGUUACAUUUAGGCUUCGCCAUGGUCUUCUUUUAUAUCUCACAGAUUUCUAAAAUAAAGUAUAAGUUUUGCUUAUUUUGCUAA